AUGCCGAUCUCCUACUACGCCGUGGGCUCUUGGGACGAUUGGGCCGAGUUUCACUUGCUGUGUUUGGACGAGGCCACUGGUCUUUAUGGUGCGACCAUACCGGUUCGGAAGGCGCCUGGUGUGGAGGAAUUUCAGAUCGUGGAAAACAAAAGCUGGGCACGGCGCUUCUUCCCGGUAGACGGAGGCCAGUCGAUUGCAGGCCCGGAAGAACGUCACGGAGCCAACUGGCGAGCUGAGAUACCCUGUCGCUGUCGUGAUCUUCAUGUUUUGUGGGAUCCUUUGGGGCAGCGCGAUGUCAAGUGGCAAUUUGUCGAUCAUUCUGGAAAGCCCUUGGGACGUCCAGUGGUCAGCCGUAAGUCCGCCACAGCGACGUUUUUCCUUGUGGGCUCCUGGAAUGAUUGGCAAGACUUUCUGGAGCUGCGGCCGCGAACGAGGCCGCGCAGACAGGCAGUUGCAGCUUUCGGUGGACAGCGAGAUGCCCCACAUGGGGAAGACGUGCGCAAGGAUCAAAUACACGGAGGCCGCAUUCCUGUUCAAGGUCUUGGUUCGGUGGAACUGCAGGUUGCGCAGGGGCGUGAUUGGGAACGACGGUUCUAUCCUGCUGAUGCAUCCACGAAUGCACGAGUUCUCGGACCAUCAUGCCCUCCACAUGGCAUGAAUUGGCGAAUUCCAAUUCCCAGCUGCUGCUGGUGGCUGAGGGUUACAUGGUGCUGCAAUGCCGGGGGUGCGGGUGCUCUUUCUUGGACCUUCUUGGACCAAAGGGCCAACGACAUCGAUGUCUCGCAGCAAACCGUCCUGCACUUGGGCUUUGUCCAAGUCCGUGCCAUGAAGCUGAUCAGCGACAUUUUUCACAACCAUUGCGGAGGAGACGGGAAGGUAAGCCCUUCCACUUUGAGGGAGCUUCUUGUGACUUUGGGCGAUCACAACCUGGGUAUUUGGGACACAUCAGAUGUCGACACUAUUCUGGCCCGUUGGAGCGACAAAAGUUCCAUCGAUUUUGACGAGUUUGUUAGUUGGGUGUAUCAAGAUUGCGCUUUACUCUCGCCUCGGGAUCAGUCUGAAGAGUGCCAUCGCAGUCCGCGUCAUCUGACGAUCAACUUCGACGUGAACAAGACGCUAGUGAUGAGGGACAAGACCGCAGGCAAGUCGGUUGAAGUGGUCAUCAACGAGGUCCUGGCGGAGACUUGCUGGGGUCGCUUUGAAGACGACCGAUGGAUCCUCGUGUCUGACCAGAAGCUUGGCAGCCUGAGAACCUGUUGCAGACAGGAUAUUCACGAAAGCUAG